AUGUCCAUCUUCCAUAACUCGACUUCCCCUACUUUUAUCCUGACGGGAGUUCCUGGACUUGAAUGGGCCCAUGUCUGGAUCUCCAUCCCCUUCUGCUGCCUCUAUUUUACUGCUCUUUCUGGAAAUACCUUGAUCCUGUUCAUGGUUCUCACCGAACCAACCCUCCAUGAGCCCAUGUACUAUUUCCUCUCCAUGCUGUCCACCACUGACAUUGGCUUAUGCAUCUCUACACUGGUGACAGUGCUGGGAAUAUUCUGGCUCAAUGCCCGGGAGAUCAGCUUCAAUGCCUGUUUAUCACAGAUGUUCUUCAUUCACCUUUUUACUUCCAUGGAAUCCUCAGUGCUGUUGGCUAUGGCCUUUGAUCGGUUUGUGGCCAUUUCUAACCCCUUGAGAUAUGCUGCCAUUCUAACUCAUGCAAGAAUUGCACAGAUUGGUUUAGCAGUUGUUACCAGGGGAACACUCAUUUUGAUACCACUAGUCCUGCUUCUGAAGCGUCUAGUGUUCUGCCAUAGCCAUGUGCUCCACCAUUCCUAUUGUUUCCACCCUGACGUAAUGAAGCUCUCUUGUUCAGACACCAAAAUCAAUAGUGCAUUUGGACUCACUGCAAUUAUCUCUACUGCUGGAGUGGACUCCAUUUUCAUCCUGCUUUCCUACGUCCUGAUCAUUCGUUCAGUUCUCAGCAUUGCAUCCCCAGAAGAGAGGAAGAAGGCCUUUAGUACCUGCAUCUCUCAUAUCACUGCUGUGGCCAUAUUCUACAUCCCUUUGAUCAGUCUAUCUUUUGUUCACAGAUUUGGAAAACGUGCCCCACCCUAUGUCCCCACCCUCAUUGCUAAUGUAUACUUGCUCAUACCCCCUGUGAUGAACCCUAUCAUCUAUAGUGUGAAAACAAAGCAGAUUCAGAAAGCUGUGCUUAAGCUUCUAUGUUCUAAGGGACAUCUCUUUUAA